AGCAAUGGAAACACUGACACAAAUUUUGGAUCUCAUUCUCAUGACAAAGCAGUUGUCUCGAUUACAGAGGGCUCUGCAGGUAUAAAAGACAACAAGGUUCACAUGUGAGCGCACACACUCACUCACACACACACACACACACACACAUACUUGCACACACGGUGGCGGCAAGUCGCAGGAUGGGCAGGAUCAUAUUCUACGAGGACAAGAACUACCAGGGUCGCAGGUAUGAGUGCGACAGCGACUGCACCGACUUCCACUCCUACCUGAGUCGCUGUAAUUCGGUUCGAGUGGAGAGUGGGACCUGGGUGAUCUACGAAAGGCCGAACUACAUGGGCUACCAGUACGUCCUUAGCAGAGGCGAGUACCCCGACUACAAGAGCUGGAUCGGCCUCAACGAUAGAGUCUGCUCCUGCAAGAUGCUUCACAUCGCCAGUGGAGAUCCUUACAAGAUCCAGCUCUAUGUCAAAGGGGACUUCGCCGGUCGGGUGUUUGAGGCGACUGAGGACUGCCCCUCCGUGCUGGAGAACCUCCACUGGAGGGAGGUUCACUCCUGCAGGGUCCUGGGAGGCUGGUGGGUCUUCUACGAGCACCCUAACUACAAGGGCCGGCAGUACGUGCUGGAGAAAGGCGAGUACCGCAAGCCGGUGGACUGGGGCGCUUUCUGUCCCACUGUACAGUCUUUCAGACGGCUAACUGAGUAGCUAAUGUCCUUUUUUUUUUUCCGCCUUGCUGAUUGGCUCACGGUUGUCACCUGAGACACCAAAACGCACACAGCAGCCAUGGCUUCAAUUAAACUAAAUGAUGAGAAA